AUGACCCAAGAAACCACCGAGAACGAAACGGACGAAUUUUGUGACGAGAAGAUGGGGUAAGUUCAUUUAUUAUCCGUACUUUGCUUGAAGCUAUAAAGUUGAUGAUGCAAGCUGAAAUUGCGUCGGCGGCCGGCAGUGUUUUCCCGGGAAUCUUGAUUUCUUUGUUGAGCUUUUUCUCAUUGUGAUCCAAAACAAGGAUUUUUCGCUCUCUUCCACAAUUUUUUGUGAACUAAAGGAAAGGGGAAGGUUGAUGUGUUUGCAAGCAAAAAUUUGUAAAUCGAAGUACGCUUUGUUUAACGCUCGUGACUGUCACAGUGGACCGCUUCGAGUCCCUGAUUGUACGAGUACAAGUUAAGUGAAUUGGUUCAAAAUAGCUCACUUAACAGAUUUCGUGUAAGUUUUCAUUUUUUCAAGUUUCGUUAGGUUUCAUUUUGGUUAUCUAUCUCUCUUCCAAUUUCCAAGUUUUCACUCGGUUUAAUGUUGAUUAUUCGUGAUGUUUUUCCGGGAACAUGGGGUUAGGUAAUUUCGUUGACGCGACUAAAAAUCCUUUCUGUUCUUACAGGCGUGUUUGUUGCCGUUUCUUAUGAAACGCUCGAUAAAAAGUACCCGUUGGAAUUUUUUUCUUUGAAAAAAGCUUCAAAUUUUGAUGUAAUUUUCCCUAUCCCUGGUAAAAUACUAUGACGUGUGAAAUUUACUAUAUUGUACUAAAAUCGUCACCUGACCUUGCGCGCUGUCGCGAAGUCAAGGGAGUGUAUGUGUUCGUGCUCAGAAUUAAUACAGUUUUUUUUGUUUUUUUUUUUUCGUCUUGCUGGUACAUACUUAUAAAAAAAAUACUCACAAUCGGUGUUUUUUCAGGAUAAUCACUGCAUUUUUUUUUUCAAAAAUAUAAUAUACUAGUUUUCUUGAAAAUGUGGUGAUGUAACUUGUAUCAAUUAUGAACAAGACAGAGCAAGGGGUUUGAUGAGUCAUCUUGUUUACAUUUUCAGUGAUAUGGUCAACAGACUCAAGGUCAUUUGGGCGUUGCAAGAAGUUCUGCAGCAAAGUCAAGCUCAAGGUCAUUUGGUGUGUGGCGUCCACGAUGCGGCUAAUGAACUGGCUGUGUAAGUACUUGUAUUAUGACUUCUGGUUUGGGGUUUAGUCAGUUUAUUUAAAUUAAUUUAAGACGGAAUCCAUCAGGAAGUUGAGUAAUUUCAAUUUUUAGUGGACAAAAACCUUUUAACAAAAUAGUUUCAGCAAUAUCGCAUUCUUUUUAACAGUUUUCAAGGGCUAUGGAUAUAAUAUUUAAUCUGUAAUAACAUUAAAGACUAUUUCUCAUGGGGGCCUGAGAAAAUAAAUGUCAAAUUUCAUGAGAAUUGUGAAAACACUGGUAAUGUUCUGAAAAUUUCACGUGUAAGAUGUCAUUUUGUGAAAUUUGACAUUUAUUUUCGCGGGCUCUCAUAAGAAAUAUUCUUUGGUGUUAUUACAGGUAGCUAAUUACAUCUCUCACCCUUGAAAAAUGUAAAAAAGAAUGCGAUAUUGUUUAUUAUUCUGGUACAAGGUUUUUGUCCACUGAAAAUUAAAAUUACUCGAUUUCCUGAUGGAUUUCGUCUUAAUUAUCAUUACUGUUAUUAUGAUAACAUCCUCAGUUGUUCAAAAGGUGGAUAGCACUAUCCAUUGGAUAAAUAUCUUAGCACUGAAUAACACAACAUGUUCUCCCAAUUGUAACUCAUUCAGGGGAUAGUGUUUUAUUCUGUAGAUAGUGCAAUCCACCCAUUGAACAGCCACUGAGCUCAUGGACUCAGUUGUGCAAACAUUUGACAGCACUAUCUUGUGGGUAAAGGGAUUUAAGGCUAUUACUUAACAUUGUUAUCAUCAUUAUUAUUAUUAUCAUAGCUAAAGUAGUUUCCUGCUGUUCUCUUGCAGAGAUCAGGAAGCAAUAGGGCUCUGUUUACUGGUAGAAAAUCCACGUGCAGAUCCUGGUACACAGGUUCAUUGCCGACUAAUAGAGGCUUACUGCUGGGAAUGUGCUAUUCCUGUUAUUAAGGUAAGAUAGACUUCAGUGCUACCUUCUUCAAUGAUAGAUCAGAGAUCAAGUACCCAAAAUGGAAACAAUAUGUUGCUUUUGAAGUAAAGCAGAAAGCUACUGAGGUUGGAUCAGGGCUUUAUGAGAUCUCUAACUUCUAGGUGUACCAUUACAACCCCUAUCCCCCUUAUGUGCAAACCUGUCAUCAAUAUGUUCUUUUACAUUGUUUAUUAAAUGAAAAGGGAAAUAUUAAAAUAAUCUGUGCCUUUGCCUUGUUUUCAGGUAAAUGACAGUCGAAAGCUACACAAGAUGACAAAUUACCAUGGCACUCUGAGAGAACCUCUACAUUGCGUUCUUGUGAAGGUAUUAGAAAUUUAUCAUUAUUAAUUAUUAUUAUUAUGAUUAUGAUUAUGAUGAUGAUGAUGAUGAUGAUGAUGAUGAUGAUGAUUAUUAUUAUUAUUAUUAUUAUUAUUAUUAUUAUUAUUAUUAUUAUUGUAAUGGCAGUACAAAUGUCUGGAUGCCAAGAGUAAAACAUAAAAGCUUUGGCUGGGCGGCAAACCGUAACCAACUAAAAUUUGUAUUAACAAUUACACAAUAAUUUGUGCCCCCCCAAAAAAAACCUGGGUAAAAAUGAUUUGAUAAAAGUGUCAUACCAAAAAAAUGAAAAGAAAUGAAAAAAAGAAAAUUCCUACAAGGUUUAUGGACGUCUUAAUUAUAAAACAAAAGUGUUUAUCUUGAAAACCAUUGUUCAUAUAGCUAUCCAUUAAAUUAUGAGAAAGGUAUGUCAAUGAAAUUUUGAUAAUGUACAAGAUUAAGUAACUAUCUGUUAAAAUAGGUGUCCAAAAUUCCAAUUAAUAAUUUAUUAUUAUUAUUAUAUAAUUUCUGCUCUUUUUGUAAUUUUAGGUGCUCAGUGAGUGCUUUUGUUUUUUCUCACAGAACCUGGUAACACAGACAGAUGCUGUUUCCACAGUGCUACAGUUUUCACGGCAUGCACCAGCUCCACUUCUUAAGAUCAAAUAA